AUGCAGUUCAAAGUUCACAAUUCGCUCUAUGUGGAUUUGAUCGAUGUGUGGUGUAUUGUACUUUUUCUUUUGUUUAACUAUAAUUCUAUUUGCGGUCAGGACGCGUCCGUGAGAAACAAGUUCAGGAUGUCGUUAAGUCUGCUGGUUGCGGCGACGGUGAACUGCGCCGACAACAUCGGCGCGAAGAACCUCUACAUCAUUUUGGUGAAGGGGAUCAAUGGUCGCCUCAAUAGGCUUCCUUCUGCCUGCAUCAGUGACAUGGUGAUGGCCAUUGUGAAGAAGGGCAAUCCCAAUCUCAGUAAGAAAGUCAUGCCCGUCGUCAUUGUUCGCCAGCGCAAGCCCUAG